GAUAUGAUGUACGCACAUUCAAAUGUCGUAAGAAAUGUGAAACGUGCUUAAACGAUAUUAAAAAAUUAAAUGUGCACUGUAUUAAAACGAUAGCAAGAGUUUAUACUCUGGUGCGGUGAGGUCAGUUUUUUCGCUCGUGUGUGUGUGCAACAAACUAAACUUCUUUAAGGCUUGUACGUAAGGGGAAGUAACUCUUACGUUAACUUGAAUUCGUUAUUAAUUUAAAUAUUUCCUUCCGGAGAUAGUCGAUGUAACACGAUUGAUAAAUGUUAAUGUCGAAAUGAUCGGUAUUUUGUCGAUCGGUGGAAUUAUACGAAGUUUGACGAAUGCAUGUUUAUACGAUUCGCACCAGUAAAUCACGUUUGUUCGAUGUCGAUAUAUUGAAAAUACGAAAUGACUACAUGAGGAAAUGAACACUUCCCGAUACAGCUUAGAUAUAAAAAUAAAACAAUCGAUAGCUACAUAUGGCACAUAGCUGUUUAAGAUGAUGACUAUAGCACGCUUAUCUUUCAUAUUAGUGGUUUAUGGAUUUUGUUCUUGGUCUGAAUGUUAUGAUGUGCGCUUGUCGACGGUACAGGGUAAAGGUCAGGGUCUUGUAGAGGUCAGGAGAUCAAAUGGCACUGAGUGGGGCAAGAUAUGUGAUAACGAUUUCGGUGAAAACGAGGCGCGAGUGGUGUGCCGACAACUGGGCUUCAGAUAUGCAAGGCCCGAAAGUCAUAAGGCGCAGAGGCCAUCUGCAGCGUUCGUUCUCAACAACCUUCGUUGUCAAGGUGACGAAGCCAACAUAGGCACGUGCUACAAGCAGGAGUCCGGGUACUCGUCAUGCUCCGUUAGCGAUGUGCACGCCAAUGUGUACGCCGGGGUAUGCUGCUCGCACUCGGUGACGUUCGGAGAUCAAGUCGGUGACGUGUUUAUCAGUCACUGUGCUGUGCCCUGGCUGAAGGGGGAGGAGACUUGCGAGACCUUCGGGGGCCACCUCUCAAACCCCGGGCAGGAGUUUGCCCGCCGGGACGCCCUGAAGGGCAUGUCGGCGCCUGGACUCGAACUCUGGAUAGGAACUUUCUUCACGCCCUGGAUAUGGUCGAAUGGCUGCGUGCGUCUACAGGACCCGGCGGCGAUUCUUCGCCUGAUCACCAUUGCAACCAACUCGCCAAAAUUAUGCGUGCAACAUUGUGGUCUACUUAGCAACGCAUUCCUGCUAGCGGGCACCCAGUGCGCAUGCGUGAAGCCCGACGCUGUAGUGUCUGAGGUGCGACCAUAUCUGUGCUCGGCCCUGUGCCCGGGAGACGACAAAAAAUGGUACUGCGGCAGUCAGGAUCAACAGUACUGGAACAUUUUCACAACUGCGUCGGACGACAUAUUUUACAGCUACAGCGGACCUGGUGCUGAUGCUUUGACGCAGUGCGCGGUAUUGACCACGAAAAAAAUAGGGCCCUCCCAGUUGACCAGCCACCGGUGUGAGGAGAACAAGGGGCACAUCUGCCAGCAGUUUACAGACAGCAAAAGUGACCUGGACCUACUAUAUAUGCAGUCUGCGGGCGAUAUGGGUUCCGUCGAGAUGGCUCGCAAACAAUGUGGAAAGAAAUCCGGCGACUUGAAACUCGUAGGAAAUAGCGUGCUCGACAAAAAACGAUCAUUUUACGGAGACUAUUUUGGAUUGUGGGUAGACUUGACGCGCAUGCGCACUGAUAUUGACCCAGAACUGAACAAAUCUUCGUUGGCCGCACUGAAUCCCAAGUGGUGUUUCUCGAUGACGGGAAACGGAAGUACUGCUCUCGUCUCGUGCGACAAUCCUCACCUGUUUUCUUGCGUCAUAGAUACUACCAAGUCACCUGAUGGAGGGUCUCGUGAAUCUACUACUACCGGAACUACAGAGGACGUGAGCCGACAAGGUACUCCGGUUUUGAAUAUUACGCCGGACCCACAGGGUCCCGGCCUAAAGCAGGAGUACAGUCCACAGGACGAGAUGAUCCACCUCGUCAUCAUCCUGUGCGCGGCCCUGCUCGUGGCGCUUAUCAUAAUCGGCAUCGUAAUCUGCUGGGUGCGCAGAACAAAAAGGAAGUCACUCCGACUCUGUUGCUGUGGUAACCCGUCGUCAGCCUCCCGACCUGACCCCUCGACCGGAUAUAGCGCCGCCAGUUACCAAGCAACUGCCACCGGAAACACCGACGCUGAAACAGUAUACGACGAGAUCAACGAUGGCAAGAUGGAAAACUUGUAUCAUGAGAUCGGACGAGGGUCCGGAAAUAGCGAGUACCAAGCGUUAAACACCAACGACGACGCACCAGCGGAAGUUGAGUUCCUGAAGGCGCCAGUUUCCAUGCAGCGUAGCUACUCGCAUCCACACGAUAUGAUGUUGGUAGGAAAGAAUAAUAGCGAUAGCAUCCGCGAAAAAAAUUAUACCUAUCCGUAUGACUCUUUGCUUCGGGCAAAAUGUGACGUUGAUACGUGUGAAAAUGAUGUCACUAGAGACACUGCGAACGGCGUUGCGGUCAAGUGCAAUGCUUAUGUAACUGACAGCGCUGCUUUCAAGAUAAAAGACAAUACAGUUGACGGAAACCAAGUAGACGUAGAUCUGUUAGGACCAGUGGAAUGUGUGAACAACGUUACUUACGCUGGAAAUGGAUUAUCCGAUAAUAUGACGAACGUUCGUGUAGAUAAUCAAAUUCGGAGGUUCGAUGAUCAUGAAGUGGAGAUAAGGCUUUGUCGGAAGUCAGACAGCGUUUUACACUGCGAGCUUAAGAGAGCUAGUAGAGAGACACCUAUGAGAAAUUCUGCCUCCUAAUGAUGUAUUGAGUUCCUUACAUGUAUGAUAUUCAGAAUCGAUAUUAUUUCAAUUAGCACGGGAAUUUAUUAAACUUCCGAUUUCCACUGAUAUUUGUAUGGAUUGAUUUUUUUAAAUAUAAUUAUUUUUGUUUGCGAUAUUGGUCGCAUUUAGCAUGAAAUUGACCGAGUGUUUUCAGAAUACAAUUAUAGUAAGUUGUUUGCAUUCUUUUGCGAUGUAACAUUGUAUUUCUGUAAUAGUAAUAGCCGAUGUUCCGCAACGUAUGAAGAGCGUGUAUUCGAUAUGGAAAUCGACUAGGAGGCUCUAAGCUUAUGAUGUUUUUGGUAAACUUUACGUGGUUGUUGAUGUUGUAUAUAUUAAGUAAAGAUGUAUACUAAUUAAAUAGGCCGUGUUCUGUGAAAAGGGGGUUAAAUGAAUGUGCGUAUAAAGUGUCGUCCCAGAUUAA